CAAGAGACCAGCAGUUAACGACCUGAGGAGCCCCUCAGUGCUUUUAGAAGACAGUAUAUCUCCGAUCGUCUCGCACCGGAGCGUAGGAAUGCUUUUCCGCUCAAUAGUCGACAGAGGAGCGGGCAGACGAAGGCAGAAUGCCCUCCCUGCAGACCCCUGGCCCACGUACCCUCUGAGCUCUCUGCUGGAAGGCUACCAGUGUGUCCGACACGAUGAACACAUCUCCUACGGAAACCUGGGUGACUCUGUUCCACCGUUUGGAUUGGCUUUCUCCUCCGCCGGUCACCUGCGGAAUCUCCUCGCAGCAGCUAACGAAGAAGGCAUCGUGAGGAUCUACAACACAGAGAGCCGCGGGAAGCCGCUUCUCAAAGAGUGGCUGGCUCAUGAGAAUGCUGUCUUUGACAUAGCCUGGGUACCGGAGGAGCCUCACUUAGUGACUGCUGCUGGUGAUCAGAUGGCCCGACUGUGGGAUGUGAAGUCAGGGGAGCUGUUAGGCAGCUUUAAGGGUCACCUCUGCAGCCUCAAGUCUGUUGCAUUCGCACCACAGGAAAAAGCUGUCUUCUGUACUGGUGGCAGAGAUGGAAAUAUUAUGGUCUGGGACACCAGGUGCAGCAAAAAAGAUGGUUUCUACAGACAGGUGAAACAGAUCAGUGGCGCUCACAACAAAGCCGAGACAAAAACCCCCACCACAACAAAGAAGAGGCGGAGCGGCGCACGUGGCAUGGCUCCCAGUGUGGAUACCCAGCAGAGUGUGACGGUGGUUUUGUUUCGGGAUGAGCACACGCUCAUUUCUUCUGGGGCUGUCGAUGGAGUGGUCAAGAUGUGGGAUCUGAGGAAGUACUACACUCCACAACGCAACGAUCCUAUUCCCCUGCAGACGUACCCAUACCCGGGUUCUUGCAUGCGCAUGCGACUGGGCUACUCCGGACUUGUUCUAGACUCCACGAGAUCCAACGUUAUCUGCAACUGCACUGAUGAUAGUAUCUACAUGUUCAAUGUCAGUGGAAUAAAAACGAAUCCAGUGGCAGUUUUCAGUGGCCAUAAGAACUCCUCGUUUUAUAUAAAGUCCACUAUUAGCCCAGGUGACCAGUUCUUAGCCAGUGGCUCAAGUGACCAUCACACUUACAUCUGGAAGAUCUCUGAUCCUAAACAUCCUCCUAUGAUGCUCCAAGGCCACAGCGAGGAAGUCACAUCUGUUGCAUGGUGCCCAACAGAUUUUACUAAGAUUGCUUCCUGUUCUGAUGACCACACUGUACGCAUCUGGAGGCUUCGCCGGGAAAUGGACGGAGCCCAAUCUUCAGUGGGACAGGCCAACCUUGUAGGCUGGGCACGUCCCAAGUCUUCCUCAACGCCUUCGAUCAGACCUGAAACAACCCCUUCCAAGACCAAGAAGACAGAGAGUCCUGAUGGCGCGGCAUCACCCCGGCUUGCUUCCUGUGCUCCCAGUGGAGCUGCCCUGCCUCUCCCAUCCAGCACCACUUCACCUGUCUCUUCUCAAGACGCUCUGGCUGCUGUUGUUAGCCAGAGAACGCCGUCUUCUAUCAAACAGUGGUUAUCCCCGAGACAUGGAUCUCCUGGUCAGAGCAGCCUUCCGCGCCGUUCGAUGUUUAACCAGUGUCCCCAGAGCCCGGAGAGCAGCACCUCUCCCACAGAACGAUGGGCCAAGCGCAGGCUGGAGUCUUGCGACGGUCCAUCUGCAGGCUGUGAGGGAGCAAAACAGUGUGACUGUGUUUCCGAACUCUACCCCGCAGCCAAGAAAAGCCGGGCACUGUCUGGAAUCUGCUGCCCCACUCAGGAGAGCCGGGUAGAAACAGACUGUCACACGGAGGACAAACAAGCCUCAUCGAGACAGACUGACAAGGAGAAUUUAUCUCCCAGAGCAGUUGACUGGUUGUCAGUGAUGGGCCAAAUGAUGAGGAAAGGAAGCGUCAGUAGUCUCAGAAGCCCCACUUUCUCUAAGAAACAAGAAGGCAAGACACCAGCUUCACCGAUCAUCAUCUCUCCACGUACCAUGAAGAAAAUCUCUUCGUAUUUCACAACAAUGCCUUUGGAGUGACCAGUUUUGCCUGUCAGAUGUUCUGUGCUUGUGUUUAAGAUGCUUUUUUUGUUUUUUAUUUUGAGUAUUUUUUAACCUGAACCCACAGACAAUAAGCCUCUCACUGAUCUAUGUCCAGAUAGCAGGAUAAGCAAACCUGGGCUGCAUAGAAAUAAACAAAUCUGUCAUUCAGAGUAUUUGAUGCUGCAGUUUUCACGGUCCUG